AUGGCGCAAGGCGAUGUUUAUCCUGAUGAAAUCGCCGUACUCGUCCAAACUCAAGGCCCACCGGAUCGACAUCAUAAUGUUGUGGAUAAGGCCAGCGACAUCUACACCAAGUGGCCGUUCCUCGAUGAGAAUAAAGUUCUGCGGAGUCGUGGCCGAAUCGGUGCAGCACCCUACACACCGACCGAAGUUUCCCACUGGUUCCACCGCCGCUUUCGCCAGGCCAACCGAGAGACCGUCUUCAACGAAAUUCGGCAACGAUUCGACAUUUCGCAUCUGCGUCGAUUGUUAGACAAGGUCACACGAAGCUGCGUCUGGUGCAGAAUAGCUAAAUCUUCCCCGAGACCGCCCGCUAUGGCCUCACUAUCGGAAAUGCGGGUUACUUCGUUCAUCCGGCCAUUUACCUUCACCGGGCUGGACUACUUCGGGCCGGUGCUCGUCAGAAUGGGCAGAAGCAACGUCAAGCGCUGGGUAGCCCUCUUUACGUAUCUCACUACCAGAGCCAUCCAUUUGGAAGUGGUACACUCACUGAGUAUGGAGUCGUGCAUCAUGGCUGUCCAACGCUUUGUCUCCCGCCGGGGUAUGCCGCGGGAAUUCUGGUCGGACAAUGCCACCUGUUUCCAGGGCACUAGCAACAAACUGGAAGUGCACAACAAGAUGAUGGCGGAAAAGUUUACUACUUCACAAACAACAUGGAAGUUCAUUCCACCUGCUUCCCCGCACAUGGGCGGUGCAUGGGAGAGGCUCGUUCGCUCGGUCAAGGUGGCAAUCGGGGCGACGCUGGAUGGUACCCGAAAACCUGACGAUGAAACACUGGAAACAAUUCUGUUAGAAGCGGAGGCCAUGAUAAACUCAAGGCCACUUACAUACAUCCCAUUGGAAUCUGCAGAUCAAGAAGCUCUGACACCAAACCACUUCUUGCUGGGUAAUUCAUCCGGCAUCAAGUUCCUGCCUACUGGCCCGAUAGAUAGUCGUUCAACACUGAGAAGCAGCUGGAACUUGGCGCGGUUCAUCAGCGAUGGAUUCUGGAACAGAUGGCUAAAGGAAUACCUCCCAGUAAUUACGCGCAGAUGCAGGUGGUUCAAGGAGGUCAAGGAUCUGGACGUCAGCGAUCUGGUCUUGGUGGUUGGCGAGGCGGCAAGGAACCAGUGGACUCGGGGGCGGAUAGAAGCAGUAUUUCCUGGACAAGACGGAAGAGUACGGCAGGCGUUGGUACGAACCACAGCGGGUCUAAUUCGAAGAAUAGCCGCAAAGCUUGCUGUUUUGGACGUCGAGCCGAAUAGCAAACCUAGUUCCAGUAUUCCAGGAGUUCCUGGCCCUCACCAAGGUUUACGGGCGGGGGUAUGUGCUGACGAGACCCCUCGCUGCGGCGACGCUACCGAGCGCAGCGCUUUAUUCGACGGUGACAGAUCUGCCGACAGUGAGGUUUCUCGAGGAAACGUCAUGCAGCAGGAUACAGUGGGGCAGAAGAAGAAAACAGUACCGUAUAGUGAACACAUUUUUGCUUAA